UGAAGUGACAACAUCACAUACACGGAGUUCACAGAUGCGCUUUACUUUCCCCGUUGUGGAUGUACUCGUGGAUAAACUGAAAGAGUUUUUAACUGAAGAAGAGGAAGACAUCAUAUCGGAUCUAUGAAAAAACCCACGUGGAUUUGUACAAUCAUUUUAAACCAGAAGGAAUGCAUAGUUUGUUUGUGAAACUAACUUUCUUGUUGUCGCUGAUAGCCCUAACACGAGGUCUAAGAUGCUCCAUGUCCACGGAGUCGUGUUUGAACCAGGGGAAGUGUGAAACUACUCCAGAAGGCACUGGAGAGUGCAAGUGCCGUGAAGGAUAUGUAGGAAGCAGGUGCCAGUUUCCCGACCCAUGUACCUCUUCACCAUGCAUGAACGGUGGCGCGUGUCGAGCUGUGACAAGAGGGAGCACAGUGGAUUUUAACUGCACCUGCAAACUGGGCUUCACUGACCGCCGCUGUGUUACACCCAUCAACAACAUCUGUAUCAGCUCGCCAUGCCGCAAUGGAGGCACCUGUGAGCUUGAGAGUCUCACAACGUUCAAGUGCCGCUGCCCACCUGGAUGGUCAGGUAAACUGUGCCAACAAGCCGACCCCUGUGCCUCAAACCCGUGUGCCAACGGCGGCCAGUGCUCUGCCAUUGAGUCCCACUACAUCUGUACUUGCUCACCUUUCUUUACUGGAAAGACCUGCAAGCAGGACAUCAACGAGUGUGAUGUAAACCCUUCCCCCUGUAAGAAUGGUGGGGUGUGCAUCAAUGAAGUCGGUGGCUAUCGAUGCCACUGCCCACAGGAGUAUACAGGGAAGCACUGCGAGAGCCGCUACUUUCCCUGCAACCCAUCUCCUUGUCAUAAUGGCGGCACCUGCAUUCAGAAGGGAGAGACCAGCUAUGAAUGUUCCUGUGUACCAGGUUUUACAGGCAAAAACUGCAACCACAACAUUGAUGACUGUCCAGGUCAUGAGUGCCAAAACGGAGGGACAUGUGUGGAUGGCGUCAACACAUACAACUGCCAGUGUAAACCAGAAUUUACAGGUCAGCUCUGCACAGAGGAUGUAGAUGAAUGCCAGCUGAUGCCCAACGCCUGCCAAAACGGUGGAACCUGCCACAAUACUUAUGGCAGCUACCAGUGCGUGUGUGUGAACGGCUGGACAGGAGACGACUGCAGCGAGAACAUCGAUGACUGUGCCAGUGCUGCGUGCCACCAUGGAUCCACCUGUCAUGACCGUGUUGCUUCCUUUUACUGCGAAUGCCCCAAAGGACGUACAGGACUGCUAUGCCAGCUGGAUGAUGCCUGCAUCAGCAACCCUUGUCAGAAAGGCUCCAACUGUGACACCAACCCAGUCACAGGAAAUCACUUCUGUACCUGCCCAUCAGGAUACUUUGGAGCUUCCUGUGACCAGGAUAUGGACGAGUGCUCACUUGGUUCCAACCCCUGUGAGCAUGGAGGCAAAUGUAUCAACACCAAAGGUUCAUUCCAGUGUAAGUGCCAGCAGGGUUAUGUGGGGCCACGCUGUGAGCUGGACAUCAAUGAGUGCAUGUCCAACCCUUGUCUGAAUGAAGCCACCUGUUUGGAUCGAAUCGGAGCCUUUCACUGCAUCUGCAUGCCAGGUUACGAGGGGGAGUUCUGUGAGAUCGAUACAGACGAGUGCGCCAUCAGCCCCUGCCUGAACAACGGCAAGUGUAUCGACAAGAUCAACGCCUUCCACUGCCAGUGCCCCACAGGCUUCACUGGGAACCUUUGCCAGAUAGACAUCGACGAGUGUUCCAGCACGCCGUGCAAAAAUGGCGCCAAGUGCACAGACGGGCCCAACAAGUACACCUGCGAGUGCACUGAAGGUUACUCUGGGAGGCACUGUGAGACAGACAUCAACGAAUGCUUCUCAGAUCCAUGCCAUUAUGGCACCUGCAUCGACGGCCUGGCCUCCUUCAGCUGUCACUGCCACCCAGGAUACACGGGCAGGCUGUGUGAGACCAACAUCAAUGAGUGUCUGAGCCAGCCUUGCAGGAAUGGAGGCACCUGCCAGGACCGGGAGAACUCCUAUAUCUGCAGCUGCCCCAAGGGAACCACUGGGAUCAACUGUGAAAUCAACAUCGACGACUGCAAGAGCAAUCCCUGUGACUAUGGGACUUGCAUUGACAAGAUCAAUGGCUAUGAAUGUGCCUGUGAGCCAGGUUACACAGGUACCAUGUGUAACAUCAACAUCGAUGAGUGCGCUAUCAACCCCUGCCAUAAUGGUGGAACCUGUAUCGAUGGCAUCAACGGCUUCACCUGUGUGUGUCCGGAAGGUUACCAUGACACCAUCUGCCUCUCCCAGGUCAAUGAGUGCCUCAGCAAUCCCUGUAUCCACGGUCACUGUGAAGACAAGAUCAAUGGCUAUAAAUGCCUUUGUGAUUCUGGCUGGAGUGGCAAAAAUUGCGACAUCAACAACAAUGAGUGUGAAUCCAAUCCCUGCAUGAACGGAGGCACCUGCAAGGACAUGACCAGCGGAUACGUUUGCACCUGUUGCAUGGGCUUCACCGGACCAAACUGCCAGACCAACAUCAACGAAUGUGCCUCCAACCCCUGCCUCAACCAGGGGACUUGCAUUGAUGAUGUCGCAGGCUACAAGUGCAACUGCAUCCUGCCUUACACGGGAGAGAACUGUGAGACCUUGAUGGCACCAUGCAGCUCCAAACCCUGUAAGCAUGGAGGAGUUUGUCAGGAGUCAGGGGACUAUCAGAGCUUCUCCUGUGUCUGUCCUGAAGGAUGGCAAGGCCAAACAUGUGAGGUCGAUAUCAAAGAGUGUGUGAAGAAUCCCUGUCUCAAUGGAGCAACCUGUCAAAACACUUUGGGCAGUUACCGCUGUGGAUGUAAACCAGGCUACAGUGGACGCAACUGUGAAACCAACAUCGAUGACUGCAAACCAAAUCCCUGCAGUAAUGGAGGCCUCUGCAAGGACCAGGUUAACGGCUUCCUAUGCACUUGUCUGCCUGGCUUUCGGGGGACAAAAUGCGAAGAGGACAUCAAUGAGUGUGAGAGCAACCCUUGUAAGAAUGGAGCAAAUUGCACUGACUGUGUCAACAGCUACACCUGCACCUGUCCGGCUGGCUUCAGUGGGAUCCACUGUGAAAACAACACUCCUGACUGCACUGAGAGCUCUUGUUUUAAUGGUGGCACAUGCGUGGACGGCAUCAACGCCUUCACAUGUUUGUGCCCGCCGGGCUUCACUGGGAGCUACUGCCAGCAUGAUAUCAACGAGUGCGACUCUAAACCGUGUCUGAAUGGUGGAACCUGCCAGGACAGCUAUGGCACCUACAAGUGCACCUGUCCUCACGGGUACACCGGACUCAACUGUCAGAACUUGGUUCGUUGGUGCGACUCGUCACCCUGUAAGAACGGGGGAAAAUGCUGGCAGAUAGAAACCACUUACAGCUGCCAGUGUGAAACUGGGUGGACGGGACUUUAUUGUGAUGUCCCCAGUGUGUCCUGCGAGGUAGCAGCCAAGCAAAGAGGAGUUGAUGUUGCCCAUUUGUGCCGCAACUCUGGCCAGUGUCUGGACGCAGGAAACAUUCAUUACUGUCACUGCCAGAUUGGAUAUACCGGAAGUUACUGUGAGGAGCAGGUAGAUGAAUGCACCCCGAACCCCUGCCAGAAUGGAGCCACCUGUACCGACUUCUUGGGAGGAUACUCCUGCAAGUGCAUGCCAGGAUACGUGGGGACCAACUGCUCCGACGAGAUCAAUGAGUGCUUCUCUCAGCCGUGCCAGAACGGGGGCACCUGCAUUGACCUGAUCAAUACCUACAAAUGCUCCUGUCCCCGGGGAACCCAAGGUGUGCACUGUGAGAUCAACAUUGACGACUGCAACCCGUUCACUGACCCCGUCACCAAUGAGCCAAAGUGCUUCAACAAAGGGAAGUGCGUGGAUAAAGUAGGGGGCUACCACUGCAUAUGCCCUGCAGGAUACGUAGGAGAGCGCUGUGAGGGAGACGUCAAUGAGUGUCUGUCCAACCCGUGUGACCCGAGAGGAACACACAGCUGCAUCCAACUCACCAACAACUACCGCUGCGAGUGUCGCACUGGCUACACAGGUCAACGCUGUGACACAGUGUUUGAUGGGUGUAAGGGGAAACCAUGUCGUAAUGGAGGGACCUGUGCUGUCGCCAGUAACACCCCACAUGGCUUCAUCUGUAAAUGUCCUCCUGGUUUUACUGGCUCCACAUGUGAAUAUGACGCUCAGGCCUGUGGCAGCCUCCACUGCCGCAAUGGCGGUACCUGCAUCUCUGGCCACAAGAGCCCCAAAUGUCUGUGCACUGCGUCCUUCACCGGACCUGAGUGCCAGUAUCCCACCGACAGCCCCUGUAACUCCAACCCCUGCUACAAUGGCGGUACAUGUGAAUACACCACAGAGGCGCCGUUCUACCACUGCGUCUGUCCCACAAACUUCAACGGCCUCCGCUGCCACAUCCUGGAUUACAGCUUCCACGGAGGAUUUGGCACUGACAUUCCGCUUCCGCCGACAGAGGUGGAAGUCUUCUGUGACAUCCCGCAGUGCGAGGAAGCAAAACACAACAAGGUGUGCGAUGUGCUCUGUAACAACCAUGCGUGUGGCUGGGACAAUGGCGACUGCUCCCUCAACUUCAACUCUCCAUGGAAGAACUGUUCGGACUCGCUGCAGUGCUGGAGAUACUUCAGCGAUGGAAAGUGUGAUUCACAGUGUGACAACGCUGGUUGUCUCUAUGAUGGGUUUGACUGCCAGAAUCUGGAAAGACAGUGCAAUCCUCUCUAUGAUCAGUACUGUAAAGACCACUACGCUGAUGGCCACUGCGACCAGGGCUGCAACAACGCUGAGUGUGAGUGGGAUGGCCUGGACUGUGCCAAUAACAUGCCCGAGAAGCUGGCCCUGGGUCAGCUGGUGGUAGUGGUCCACAUCACCCCAGAGCAGCUCCUCAACAACUCCUUCGGCUUCCUGCGUGAGCUCAGCCGCGUUUUGCGCACCAACGUGAUCUUCCGAAGGGACUCCGAGGGUGAGAUGAUGGUUUACCCGUACUACGGGAAUGAACACGAGCUGAAGAAGUACGUGGUAAAGCGCUCAGUGGAUAUGUGGUCAGAGGCUACUGGAAAUGUGCUGAAUGUAGUGAAGAGGAGUCUAUAUCAUGUAACCGGCAGGGGCAGGAGGAUGAAGAGGGAAUUAGAUCAUCUACAGAUCAAAGGUUCAAUUGUACAUUUGGAGGUGGACAACCGUCAGUGCUUCCAGCAGUCCACUGAAUGUUUCCAGAGUACCAAUGAUGCUGCAGCUUUCCUUGGGGCUUUGGCCAGCAGUGGGAAACUGGAUGUUCCCUACACCAUUGAAGCUGUUUUUAGUGGAGUGGACCCCCAGCCUCCACAGGACUUCUACCCAAUCUACCUGGUCCUGGGCGGCGUAGGGAUACUGGCCUUCCUUGGAGUCGGUAUGGUGGCUGCCCGAAAGCGCCGCCACGAGCACGGUCGUCUCUGGCUCCCCGAGGGCUUCAAGACCACCGAGACCAGCAAGAAGAAGAGACGUGAGCCUGUCGGGGAGGAUUCAGUGGGAUUAAAGCCACUGAAAAACACCUCGGACAUUUCACUCAUGGAUGACGCCCAGAAUGAUUGGGAGGAAGAUGAACCUUCAGAUGCCAAACGCUUCAGGCAGUUUGAUGAGCAAGCUAUCUUGGAGGCAGGCGACCAGACGGACCACCGGCAGUGGACACAGCAACACCUGGACGCCGCUGACCUGCGUAUCCCCUCAAUCGCUCCCACACCCCCUCAGGGCGAUAUUGAGAACGACUGCAUGGAUGUCAAUGUGCGGGGACCAGAUGGAUUCACACCACUCAUGAUUGCAUCCUGCAGCGGCGGAGGUUUAGAGACAGGAAACAGUGAGGAAGAGGAAGACGCCUCUGCCAACGUUAUCAACGACUUCAUCUACCAGGGUGCUAAUCUGCAUAACCAGACUGACCGUACAGGUGAAACUGCCCUUCACCUCGCUGCCCGCUAUGCUCGUUCUGACGCCGCUAAACGCCUGCUUGAGGCCAGCGCUGACGCUAACAUCCAGGACAACAUGGGCAGGACACCUCUGCAUGCGGCUGUCGCUGCUGAUGCCCAAGGGGUGUUCCAGAUCCUGAUAAGGAACCGUGCCACAGACUUGGAUGCACGAAUGCAUGAUGGCACUACACCCCUGAUCUUGGCUGCCAGGCUGGCUGUGGAGGGCAUGGUGGAGGAACUCAUUAACUGUCAUGCUGACGUCAAUGCAGUUGAUGAUUUUGGUAAAUCAGCUCUUCACUGGGCUGCAGCUGUAAAUAAUGUGGAGGCUGCCAUUGUGCUUCUUAAGAACAGUGCCAACAAGGACAUGCAAAACAACAAGGAGGAAACCCCUCUGUUCUUGGCUGCCAGAGAAGGAAGCUAUGAGACUGCAAAGGUCUUACUGGAUCACUUUGCUAACAGGGAGAUAACUGACCACAUGGACCGCCUCCCCAGAGACAUUGCACAAGAGAGGAUGCACCAUGACAUUGUGCGCCUGAUGGAUGAGUACAACCUGGUCAGGAGUCCACAUAUGCAUGGAGCAUCCCUCAGCACCACGUUAUCCCCCCCUCUCUGCUCCCCUAAUGGCUACCUGGGUGGCAUGAAGCAGCCACAGCCUCAAGGUCAAGGUCAGAGUAAAAAAGCCCGCAAGCCCAGUGCCAAGGGGAUCGGCUGCAAGGAUGGCAAAGACAUGAAGGUGAAAAAGAAGAAUUCACAGGAUGGGAAGUCUGGGAACCUCCUGGACAGCUCAGCUGUUCUGUCACCGGUGGAUUCACUGGAGUCUCCACAUGGAUACGUCUCAGAUGUGGCCUCCCCACCCAUGAUGACCUCACCCUUUCAGCAGUCGCCUUCUGUUGCCCUGAACCACCUGCAAGGGAUGUCCGACCCCCAUCUCGCUGUGAACCACAUGGUAAUGCCAAACAAGCAGGAGCUGGCUCGGAUGCAGUUUGACCCACUUCCUCCUCGUCUCACCCAUCUGCCCGUGUCCGGCUCAAGCAGCCAAGGCGCCAUGAAUGGCCAGUGUGAUUGGCUGUCCAGGAUACACAGCAACAUGAGCCAGUCAGGCCAGUUCAACCCGAUGAGAGGAGCUCCAGGAGGUCAGGGAGGUCUGCACCAGGGAGGGCAGCACACCAUGAUGACUGCCCUCCAUAACGGCCACCCUUCCACCAGCCUGUCUCAGAUGAUGAACUACCAGGGGAUACAGAGCAGCAGAAUGGCCCCACAGACGCACAUCAUGCAGCAGCAGCAGACACAGACGCAGCAGAUGCAGCAAAUACAGAAUCUGCAGCAGCUACAACAGCAGCAACAACAGCAGCAGAGCAUCCAGCUGCAGCACCAGAACUCAAACACCAGUAGCAGCCAGAACUUCAUCAGUGGAGAGCUCAGCUCUCCAGAGCUCCAGCAGGGGGGCGGCAGCUCCAGUAUGCCCAUACACACCAUCCUGCCUCAGGAGACCCAGAUCAUGAGCCAAUCGAUGCCCAGCACACAGUUCCUCACCCCACCUUCCCAACACAGCUAUUCAGGCCCUAUGGACAACACCCCCAACCACCAGGUCCAGGUGCCCGACCACCCCUUUCUGACCCCCUCCCCCGGCUCCCCAGACCAGUGGUCAAGUUCAUCUCCUCAUUCCAACAUGUCUGACUGGUCAGAAGGCAUCUCAAGUCCACCAACGAGCAUGCAGUCUCAGAUCGGACAUAUACCUGAACAGUUUAAAUAAAGAAAGCUUGUAUCAUUACGCCCAGAUGAGCUGCUGUAUAUUUUUUUAAAUAAAAAAGGCACUCUUUGUGAAAAAAUAGAAAAAAGGGCAAAGCUGUAAACAUGACUUUUAUAUGCUUUUAUACUAACAGCAACACCUGUGUUUCAUCUGUUCUUUUUAUUUAUUAAUGCCUUAUUUAUACGCAUUGCCUGCUUACAGAAAUUUGGGGGAUCCAUGGUGCUGGGUCAUACGCAGGACUUUCAAAGUCCUUAGAGAGACUCUUUCUUUUUCUUUUAGUCAUUCUCAUCUGCAGUGAAGCAUAAGCAUACACACUGGGUAUUUAUUUUCUUAAGGACUUUUAGUAUUUGCUUUUUUCAUAUGAUUUCUCAAUCUUUGUUUAUAUUUUGUCAUUUUUGUAUAAUCUUGUUUAUAAAACCUUGUGAUUAUGGGGCAUUUUAUAGAGUAAAAUAUGAGUUUCAGUGUUAAGCCAAUUUGUUGUAAGUGUGGAAAUUGUCCAGUUAGUCAAUAAAACAUGCGUUGUUGUUAACAAAACACAUCAGCUGUGUUUCAUGCACAUGUUGAAGCUGUUUUCCCAUAUGUCUCCUUCUUGAAUACCAUGUGAUUCUUUUUUACACUUGCCGGAAUUUGUACAUUUGUUGAUCCAGUUGAACAACAUUAUGUUCUGCCGCUAGAGUUAAUUGCCUUCAUACUUAGAGAUGUGGGGGAGAUGUUGUACAGUAUUCAGCCAUCUUGGAGAUUGGCAGUUAAGGCAGGCUUGAGUGAUCUCUAAGUCCUGUGUCGUUGGAGAACUGGCCCGUCGGCCAAAGUGUAUGUUGUGGUUCAGAGGGAAAAAGGAAAACUGCAUUUCCCCUCUCCCUCCGAUUAGUUUGAGCCUAUGGCUGUGUUCUUUCUUUUUGUAAAUAUGUUAUGCACAUCCCUUGUAAGCAAGAUUUUGUUUAAGAAAUCUGAUGUCUUAAGCAUGCAAUGUUGAAGGUUUGCGUCGAAAGCCUCCUCAAUGUCAAACAGAACAGAAUAUAUAUUUUGUAUUUGAGGUCCCUAAUGCAUACAUAAAUUUGAAUUAUAUACAAAUAGAUACAAAAUGCUGUGUGACAGUUUUCUCAUAAAAAGGGAAAAUACAUAAAUAUUGAGAUUUUAUAAAUUUCUAUUUAUUUUGUGUUCUGUAUCACAUAAAAAUCUACUAAAGCAAACAUUUUUGCAUAUUAAUGUUUUGUUGAACAAGUUAAAAAAAAUUGUUGGCAAAGUUCUCAGUUGUGUCCACAUGAUGCUUUGUGAGCCUCCCUGCUUUAGUUCACAAAAUGUCUUUAUUUCAGAAAAAAUUAUUAGGUCCUAGUGAAAUUGUAAUAGCUGCAAAUGCAUCCUUCCUCUUACAAAGUUCUAAUUUUUAAUAAAUGUAUUUCCUUUUUUCUUUCUUGAUUCUUAAAAUGUUUCUUGUCAUAAUAAAGGGCACUUUUGUGUCUUGAACCUAAGAGGACUGUCUUUCUUUUUCCUUGAAUUUCUUAAGACUUCCAAAGACCAACAAUAUACUUAGUACAACCC